AUGACCAACAGUAAGUUUCAAGAGAUUCUCCAUCCUCAAGUGGUGACGUAUAACAAGAAAGGAGAAUCGAUUUCAUUACCUGCAGGUUACUCCUCUCCCAGCGUCUCCAUCAUUUCGUCUGCCUCCACCGUGUCCUCGGCAUCAUCAAAGACCUUGGGUGUUAGCAAGAAUGCAACAAAAACAGAUUUGGAUACGUUGAAAUCGAAGAAAGUUUGGGAGUCGGCAACUGCUCCAGCCAAGUCUAUACCCAUGAACUUGUUUAUGAGCUAUAUGACGGGGAAUUCACUUCAAAUUAUACCAAUGACAAUGACAAUGAUGCUACUUUGGAACCCCAUAAAGGCCAUUUUCAACGAUACCAAUAUCAUGUUUUCCAAAUUAAAAACAAGGACAAACCAAACCGAAAUUACUAUUGCAAAAGUGGUGUUUGUUUUAUGUCAAUUGUUGAAUAUGGGAGUAGGAGUAUACAAGCUAUAUAAAAUGGGACUUUUACCACACCUGGAAGCAGAUUGGUUGUCGUUGAAAGAGCACAAAGGGGGGAAUUAUCAUCUAUAUGUAUAA